GCAGUCAAUAUGUAUUGUCAGUACGCGUCACGCAGCCAUGGCAGAGCACGAUAGCUCCGAAACCGAAUCCGAGUGUGAUACCAAAGAAUUUGUUGAGACCCGACUCCCUGAUACCAAUGACCAGUUAUUUUUAAAGGAGUUCAUCGAGAAAAUGGAGGUUUUACCUGGGCUGUGGGACACCAACUCUCCGUUUUAUACGAACCUCAGACAGAGACGUAAAGCGAUGGAAGAGCUGUUGGUGAUAUACAAACAAAUUAAGCCACGCGCGACCAUCGAUGAUGUAAGGAAGAAGCUCAACUCCUUGCGGUCGAAUUAUCGAAAAGAAGUAAGAAGGAUCGCAAGCAGUAAACUUUCUGCCGAGAGUGAGGACGACGUUUACAAGCCGAAGUCGUGGGUUUUCUACGCGUUGCAUUUUUUGGGCAAGAUUAAGCCAAAAUCUACGACUUCUCAAGAAAAAGAACAAGAAAGAGGUAAUGAAGAUAGUCCGCCACCAAUCAAAAUAACACGGACAAUCCCCGCGAUGUUAAUUCAAAACGUUCCUAACUCAUUACCAACCUACAUCAUACCUCAGUCCAACAGCAAACCUAGUUCCUUUCCAUUACCCCAGCUGAUUUCUCCCACAACAAAUACUGGCAACACCUCUAAAUCAGUUUUAAAUCCUACACCUAUAUACAGGUCGCAAGUAGAAAAUAAGGAUCCAGUAAUGCCUCAAUUAAGAUUAAUAUCUCCCACGCCUCAGCCAAGCAACUCUACUAAGACAAUAAUAAAUCCAACAGCGAUAUACUGGUCACACAAACUGGAUAAUAUUAAGGAUCCAAUCCAAAAGUUGUUUGCUGAAAAAUAUAUAAACGAAAUUUUAUUCCAAGCGCAGCUAGGGAAUUUGGCAGGACCACCUGUUAUACAUACGAUUUCGGAUAAUAAGUAGUUUAUUUUCAUAACAAUUGAUCUCCAAAGUCUUAAAAGAUCUAUGUCAAAAAUCGUG